UUGGCAAAUUCAUGGUUACACCUCGUCUUCUUCCAGCUCCAGCCUAAUCCUCUGCAACGGUAUCUGAAAUCACAGCAAGUCAACUGAUGAAUCAAGUGAAGAAGAAAUGGAGGAAACCACGUGGGAGCAUAAACUCCAUGCCCUAACCCACAUCCUAACCCACCCCACCGCCACCCCAACCCUCCCCUCUCAACUCUUCGUCUCCGCCCAAAUCCCCUGCUACCUCCGCUGGGAUUACCCCCCGAUCCUCUGCCCCGACCAAUCCGCUGCCUUCCACCUCCGAUGGGCCCUCUCUCUCUACCUCAGAAGGCUAUCAAGAUUCGGGCUCCCAUCCACCUCGUGGCGGUCCAAGUGCCCCUACCAGCUGCCGCCGCCGGUGGUUCUCGCAGAAGGAGUGGGCGAGGCCCAGUGGGGCGAAGCGCAGAGGAGAGAGUACGUGAGGAAGAGGCUCAACAGGAAGCGUCUGGGCAGCGACGUCCAUCCUCUCAUUCCCAUCUUGAUCCCUAAUCUUUUCUUGUUCUCCCUCUUGCUCUGGAAUCCCUAUGUUCCCUGAAUUACUUUUUAUACCUUCUACCCAAGUUUGUAACUCUUGCUAUUGUGAAUCCAUAUUUGCUCUGUAACUUCUUCUGAUGCUUGUUACCUGUUUGAAGAAAUUUCGCUGGGAUUUUACAUAGAAACGCAUUUUCAUUUUA